UCCGGUGUUUAGUGUAAAAGUGAAAUUGAUUCCAGAUUACGGAUUACGAGUUCCAGAUUCCGGCGGAGAUGAGUCUACGGAGCGUGGUGCUUCUGCUGCUGAUAGCUGGCAUUGGCUGCGCCUCGGCAGCAGCGAAUUAUGACCUCGAGGCCAAGACUUUUGUGAACCAGUCGAGUGCCAGAUACUACAGAUUCUACAACGAGAUCGCCGCAGAGACCUACUCGGCGAACAAUGAGGACGACUUCGAGGCGCUUUUCUCGAAGCUGAACAACGUGAAGCGGAUUGCCGAGGAGCUGGUGAGCAUAUCCCGCCAGGCAGCCGCAUUCGAUCUGGAAAGGAUUCGCAAUCCGGAGACCAAACACGCCCUCCAGGAGCUGCGCAGUGUGGGUGAUUUGUUCGUACUCGGGGAUGACUACUUCUCCUCCGUUCAAAUGAAUCUGGCGGCUCUGCAAACCCUCUCCACGGACAAGGACAUCGAGCCCUACUUGGGCGGGGCCAAGAUGCCUGAUGGGGAUGACAGUCCGCUGGCCUACUACCCCGACAUCCAGAAGAUUGUGCAGACUAGUCGAGAUUCCGAUGAGUUGAAGUACUACUGGGAGACCUGGAGGGAGAAGAACCAGCUCUGGGCCUCGCUUAACUUCUACACGAUUGUCCAGUCGUAUCAGCGAGCGGCCAAGAUCCUGGAGGUGCCAGUACACAAGCUCUGGUAUCGCUCCGACAGCCAGGAGAUGCUCCAGCAGAUGGAACAAGCCAUGACGGAGUUGCGUCCGGCUUACCAGCAACUGCACGCCUUUGUCCGCCAGGAGCUGCACAAGAAGUACGGUGGAGAGGUGGUCGACUUGAACAAGCCCAUUCCGGAUCAUCUGUUCCAACAGGUGGUGGAGCAGGCCUGGGCCCCGGGCAGCAUUCUGGAGGAUUACUAUCCCCGUGCCCAGCUCCCGGAGUUCGAUGACUAUGUUCGUCAUUUGAAUGCCAAGGCCAUGGUCAAUGAAUCCGAGAACUUCUACACCUCACUGGGAUUCGAGCCUUUGUCGCCGGAGUUCCACAAGAACCAGCUGAAGGAGCCUAACGAGGACAGGCCCAAUGACGACUGUCGUCCCUCUGUCUUCGACCUCACUCCGCAUCCCUACUUGAUGUACUGCGAGAAGGUCAGUUUCCGAAAACUGAUGCAGUACCACAGUCACUUGGCCAGAGUCUACUAUGCCCAGCAGAGAAGCCACCUCCCCUCCUACUAUUUCAAGGCCUACAACCUGGAGUUUGCCGUGGGCGAGGCGGUGGUCCUGUCCGCCUCUUCACCCACCCAUCUUACGGGUCGUCAGCUGGCCAAGGGAGUGCUCAGUGACCGGGAACUGAUGAAUCGCCUUUUCCGCAUGUCCCUUCAUACCAUUCUGAGCAUUCCGCUGUACUAUGUCCACACCAAGGUGAUGCACGACUUGCUCAGUGACGCCGUAGACAUGGACACGGUCAACAAGCACUAUUGGCGGCUGAUGGAGCAGUAUGCCGGUGUGGAGCCCCCCAUGGAUCGUGGCGAGGGAGCCAUCGAUUUUCCCUACAAAUUCUACGUGAACAUAGACCAGAAUUUCCAGACUCAGAAAUUCAUCUCCGAGAUUCUUGGCUAUCAAUUCUAUCGAGAACUUUGCAAGAAGAGUUUCAACAACAAGCCGCUUCACAACUGUGACUUCUAUGGCAAUUUAGCUGUGGGAAAUAGCUUGAAAUCCAUGAUGUCUUUGGGAUCUAAAAAGCCCUGGAGGGAAGUGGUGACCAAAAUAUUACCCAACAACACAGGAAUAAGCAGCUUGGCGCUCUUGGAAUAUUAUCAGCCUGUCCUUGAUUGGGUCGGUAAUUAUAACAAAGAAGCCAAUGCCAAAAUAGGCUGGACAGCUACUAAAAAGAAAAUCGUUUAA